UGUAAACAAAGACGCUUUCUAUUUCCCUGCCAGCGACCGAACGAACACAACUCACCGCAACAUGGGAUUUCUAACGAUUCUUAAGAAAAUGAAACAAAAAGAAAAGGAAAUGCGAAUACUGCUGCUCGGCCUUGACAAUGCCGGCAAAACCACCAUCCUGAAGCGCUUCAACGGUGAACCGAUCGACCAGAUAUCGCCCACGCUCGGGUUCAAUAUCAAAACGCUGCACUACAAUGACUACGUGCUGAACAUGUGGGACGUCGGUGGGCAAAAGUCGCUACGGUCCUACUGGCGCAACUACUUCGAGUGUACCGAUGGGCUGAUCUGGGUCGUCGACAGCACCGACCGGAUGCGCAUGGAGUCGUGCCGCGAGGAGCUGACGCUGCUGCUGCAGGAGGAACGGCUGGCCGGCGCAACGCUGCUGGUGCUGGCCAACAAGCAAGAUCUGCCCGGCGCGCUGACGGGCAACGAAAUCAAGGACAUACUGCAGCUGGACAAAAUCGAAACGCAUCACUGGUCGAUCCAGAGCGUCAGCGCCGUCACGGGAGGCAAGCUGGUGGAAGCCAUCGAUUGGUUGGUGGAGGACAUUUCGAAGCGCAUUUUCACCUUAGAAUAGCCUGCACGAAUUAGUCGGGUUAGGUUAACGCUGCCAAGGCAAAUCACAUGCUUUAUUCAGUGGAACCAUUAAUCGCGCAUGGCACUGUUGUUCCAAAUUCGGUUCUUUGUUUUCGCGUUCCGCUUGUCGCUGGUGCUCAGUGGCGUUAGGUGGGCAGCGUCGACGAUGUUCCUGGGGCGGGAGAAAAAAAAAAACAACGGAAACAGAUCGAUUGUUACUCUAUGGUCACAUGGCCGCAAACUUAUCCGUGCGCUACGCCAGCUGGCAGCUGUGAUACACCUACUUGAAAUCAUCGUAAUUUUUCGACGUCAAAACCGCUCGCAGCUUUGCAUCGUUUCGGACCGCGUACAACACAUCCUCACGAAUUUGCUCCAAACAGCGUGCUUCGAGAGUGAUGAUAUCUUCCAGUGUUAUUGUUACACUCUUGCUGUCGCCCAUGGUGGCAAAAUUUUGUGUGAAACCUCCUUUCCAGUCUGCUCGAACGAACGCAAAUAACAACAGCAUGUGUUGCCCAUGGCAACGCACGCCCCAAACCGGAUAAAUGGUUGCUGCAUAUGGGUUCCCUGUGCGUUGUUUCGUAUUCGUCAGUACAAUAAUACUAGCAGAGAUUCUUUUCCAAGGUUACUAAUAUCGAAUAUAUUUCUAAUUUUCUUCGCUUUUACACAUGACGUACAUUAUUGUAUCGGUGAUGAAAUAAAACGAAAAACUAUAGUUAAUUCCAUUUA